CCCGCCCCCUCGCCCCUGUCACGUGACCGGGGGGGGCACCGCGGCCUGGCCCCGCCCCCUCUCCCCCGUCACGUGACGGGGGGCACCGCGGCCUGGCCCCGCCCACCGCCUCAGCCCCGCGCCUCCCAGUUCAUCCCAGUAUAGCCCAGCGCCAGCUCGUCCCGUUGAGUCCCCGCUGAUCCUUCCUAGUGGCCCCUCGUUCCCAUCGCAGUCCAAUCCCAGCAUACACCAGUUUGUCCCAGUUUGGUCCCAUUGAGUCCCCAUCCGUCCUAAUGAUUCCCAGAUCCCUCCCAGUUCCCGUCCAGUUUCUCUCCCAGUAUAACCAGUACGUCCCAAGAGUCUCCCAGUACGUUUGAGUUCCCAUCCGAAUUCAUCCCAGCCCCUCCCAGUCCCAUCCCAUCCCCUCCCAGUCCUUCCCAGUCCCAUCCCAUCCCCUCCCAGUCCUUCCCAGUCCCAUCUCCUUCCAUCCCAGUUGCUCCCAGUCCCAUCCCAGUACAUCCUGGUUUCUCCCAGUUCCAUCCCAUCCUCUCCCAUUCCAUCCCAGUCUGUCCCAGUCCCCUCCCAUCCGCUCCCAGUCUCUCCAGUCCCCUCCCAGUACAUCCCAGUCCCAUCCCUUUCCCUCCCAGUCCAAUCCCAGUCUUUCCUGCUCCUUCCCAGUCCCGUCCCCUCCCCUCCCAGUCCAUCCCAGUGCUCCCAGUUGUAACCGCUCUCCCACUGCAGCGCCUCCAUAUCUCCGGAUGAGGAGAAGAGCGCGGCGGCGGUGGCGGCGGUGUGCGCGUACCUGCGGCUGCUGGGGGUGAAGGCGAAGGGCGGCGCCGACGCCAAGAAGCCCAAAGGGCACUUCUUCCGCAAGAAGCUGCCGGGGGGGCGCAAGGCGGAGGAGGCCAAACCCAGGAGGGGCUUCUCGCUGUUUGACGGCGCCGAGGGCCGCUGGUUCCAGAAGAUCUCGGCGCGGUUCUGCAGCCGUCAGUCCUUAGCCCUGGAGCAGCUGAAGGCGAAGCAGCGCCGCGACGCGCGCUUCUGUCACUUCGUGGCGGCGCCGCCUGGACCUCUCCAACCUGAAGCAGUGCUCCGACCCCCUGCUCAGCGACUUCAAGAACGUGGACAUCACGAAGCGGACGCUGCUGCACGAAGGGGCGCUGACGUGGCGCGUGUCCCGCGACAAAUCCGUGGAGGUGCAGGCGCUGCUGCUGGACGAGGUGCUGAUGCUGCUGCAGCGCGUGGAGGAGCGGCUGGUGCUCCGCCCCCACAGCCGAGGCCCCGCCCCCCCCGACGGCCGCCGCCUGCUCAGCCCCAUUGUCCCGUCCGCCCCUGGAAGACCCGGACCCCCUCCUGCUCGCUCUGGGGUUGCCCCACAGCCGCAUCCUGCCCCACAAGUGCCUCUGCCCCAC